AUAAUCCAUCCUAUCACAGAAGACAAUGCAUAUUUUCAUACUGUUUCUGGUCUGCCACACAGCUUUGUUUACAUACCAUAGCACUAAACAACUAGGAACUACUGUAAAUCAGGGUGGAGCAAUUUCAUUACAAAUUAAAUAGAAAAUCAUCCAUUAAUGGUCUAUAGUCAAAUACAUGAGUCAUUUGGUUAAUGAUUUCACAUAGAAAGAAAGAAAGAAAAAAUUGUUUUCUUAACGACUUACUCAUGAAGUCAAUCUAUAAAUAUCUGGCACCAUUAAAAAGGCUGAUUUCUUUAAACUUCUUAUUUAAAAAAGUGCUUUAACAUACAUGUAUGUGACACAUCUUCACAUAUUCAUCACAACGCUUUGCAUUUUUGUAUCAAGCAUUAUCAUUCAAUAAUCAUCAUAUGGUACAGUGCAGGACAUUUUAUAUGUUGUUUAAUGUAUUUACAUUAUGGUUGCAUGGUUAAAAGAAUAUAGGUUGGUCUGAAAAAACAGGUUUAAUUGUGGGAAGAGAUUAUAUAAUAUUGUUUUAGUAAAUAUCACAGUGUUGAUUUAAUUAAGUAAACUGUUUUAUUGAUAAGAAUAAUAUCUAAUAAUAUAAUUUUUAACUGAAAAUGAUACUUACAGUAACUCAUCUGACUGAAUGAGACUAAUGUCAUCAGGCUUGUGAAUGUUUUAGCAAGUCUGUAACUACGAUACACAGCUGUUAGUGAUAAAUAUAUCAUAUAUAUAUCCAUCAAUGACCUACACACACACACACACACACACACACACACACACACACACACACACACACACACACACACACACACACACACACACACACACACAGGAGAAUUCACAGUGUUCUCCUCUUACAGUAGGAGUCUGACAGCAGUAUUUAUGAAUCUCUGUACUGAUUCGGUCUGAGCCACACACACACUCAGAAUAAACAGAAACGCUUUUUGCUUCGGUGACCGGGCGUGAAUUGAAUGAUGGGGUCUUGUGUAAAGUGCAGGGGUGAUGUUCACAGCUCAGAUCAGGCCUGUCAGGCUAUGGGUCAAAUAUUUCACAUCAGCUGCUUUACCUGCUGUGUCUGCAACAAACAACUGAAAGGAAAGGCGUUUUAUUACUUCUCAGGAAAGAUGUUCUGUGAGGCGGAUUAUUUGUAUUCCAGCGUCAAACAGUUUGCAGAGGUCUGCACAUCCUGUGGAUAUUUGAUCUCAGAUACGUUGAUCCAGGCUUUGGGAAAGUCUUUCCAUCCCGACUGUUUCUGCUGUGUUGUCUGUAAAGAGAAGCUGGAGGGACAGCCAUUCAAUGUUGACACACAAAACAAGAUAUACUGUGUGAAAGAUUAUCAAAGGUUUCUGGCCCAGGUGUGUGCAGCGUGUGGACUGCUCAUUUUACCCUCUGAGGGUUCAAAUGAGAUUGUACGAGUGGUGUCCAUGGGAAGAAACUAUCAUGUGUCUUGUUAUGAAGGCAAAAGUGACAUUUGAUCAUUUGAAUGUUAUCAAACCUCUUUGAUUGUGUUCAGUAUCUCAUUUGAAGUGAAACUUUUAAAGAGAAACAAAACAACCAUAUAAAAAUGAAUUCUUAUUUUACACUGAAAAACUUGAAUGUUAUGACAGUGGACAUGAUGGCAUGUUUUUUUCUUGACAUUUACAAUGGUAAUAUUAUGAAUAUGAUAAUCAUUUAUGGUGCAGCCACACUACUUUUGUACAGAUAAUAAAUGUUGAUAUUUAUUCCUGAACGUGUUGCCAAAUCCACUGUUCUUGUAGUAGAGGAAUGAUAUUUAGUAAUAUUUAUAUAUAAACUAAUCUCAGUUCUAUCUUUUAAUUUGUGACUUUAUUUAUUGUAAUAAAAAGGUAAUA